AUGGAUUUAUGUGGGAGAAAUAUUCGCGAACUGAAGAAAAGUACAAAAGAAGAUUGCUUCACGAUAGUUACAUCGCUUUGGCUUAUGAAGAAGAUGAUUUUGGCACUUAAAUUUUUACACCGCCUAGGAUGGAUUCAUCGAGAUGUAAAACCUGCAAAUUUCUGCGUUGGAUUACGAUCGCAAGGAAGGCAGGAACUAUAUCUCGUUGAUUUUGGUAUGGCACGUCAUUUUAUGGCACGCAACGGUGCUAUCAAAACGAGGCGGGAAUCAAGUGCAUUUCAUGGUACCGUCCGUUAUGCAUCCCUUACGACACAUCGACAUCAGGAUAUGUCACGUUAUGAUGAUCUUUGGUCCGUUUAUUACAUCAGUGUGGAAAAUAUGGUAGGACAGUUGCCAUGGCGUUAUGUAAACGAAAAGGCUGAAGUAGAAAAAAUGAAGGAAAAUAUAGAUUUACUGAGACAAAAGUAUGGCACGGAAGCAAAUCCACCGGCAUCAUUAGUGGUGCUUCAUCGCAACCUCUGUCAUGCCAGUUUCUAUCACGAACCAGAAUAUCAUCACAUUGUCAACGAAAUCCUUUGCCGACGCUUCUCUUUCAACGAUUUCGAAGCAAAAAAUCGUCGUGAGCUAUUAGCAACAUAUGAUCGCAAUACUCCCAAUCACAUUCACAACCAUCCCAACUUGAAUCAUGGCAAUGCUGAACUAGCAGAAAAUGAUGACCGGUCCUACUAUUUUAUGCACUCACGCGAUAAUUUCUAAUGACAGUGUACAAAAUGAACAAUAAAUGAGAAAAACACUGGUAUCUCAUCCCAUGAUAUAUACCUGAUAUGCCUUUGAUUCAUUCGCCCAUUGUAAUUCUGCAAAUUUACCACAGCUAACAAAUUCUUUGCUAACUCAAGUACUGCUGUGAAAUAUAAGAUUUA